AAAUACACGAUAAGCGAAGGCACAGCAAAGAGUUUAGUGCAGGGCAGCGGUAUCUGGCAAUGCAGGGAGCGGGCUCGCUGAUUGGCCGGGUAUCGCUGCUCUGAGGCUGUGUUCUAUUUGCUGUGGCUGCUUGGUUUGACACCUGUUGUACUAGCCCGGAGGCUAGAACUGGCUAAAUACACGAUAAGCGAAGGCACAGCAAAGAGUUUAGUGCAGGGCAGCGGUAUCUGGCAAUGCAGGGAGCGGGCUCGCUGAUUGACGCUGCUCUGAGACUGUGUUCUAUUUGCGUCAGUGAUCACGUGUCUGAGACUAGCCAGUCGCAGGCCAGAAAAGACACACCCAGCCUCUGUUAUGUUUAUCGCGGCCUUUGGCAUCCACGCUUGCCAGUGUGUUCCUGACUGUUGUGAUAUGUGUAUGCAUCUGCUCUUGCCCUUCCUGUGGAUUCUAUUCUGUGAUCAUUAUCGUGAAAAUGUGCUUGUACAUCGGUAGUGGCUACUCAAUAUGAAAAAUGACAAACUUCAAAGGUGUCCUCUGAUGUCGACGCUACAGAUUCAGUGGAGCUUGCUAGUCCCUUGUGCUUCAGUUUCCAGUAACAGGCUCUGUCUUCCUUUCCAAAAGGCAAACGUAACCCAGCAGCGCCACGAUGUUUCCCCGUCAUUCGCCCCCAAAGCAGUGCGUCCCCGCGGGUUAUGUAACUCAUGCCGGAGCGCUUAGUCGCGGGGGUGUUCCGCCCUUGCCGUUCGGACAAGAGAGCGAGAGGUUUACACCUAGCGGCCUUCCCUUCCGGUCGUAUCAACAGUUUAGUGGGAGCCACCAGGUACCACCACGUCCCACGGGGUACCCUGUGGCGCGCGUUUCGCCUGGUGCUCCAACGCCAAUAGAUCCUUCGAGGGUUAUGCUGGAGAGAUAUGCUAUGCCACAAGUUUCAGCGGAAGACGAUUCUGACGUCCAUUUCCUCGGAUAUAAACGGAACCUGUAUAAUCAAGUUCUCCAACCUGCAGGGACAAGUAUGCAACCUCGCACGGGAAAUAAUAUACAGGAAGAAAUCAGGCAGUUUAUGGGAGUAAUGCAAGAGCAUAUACACAAUAUGCAUUCCCAGACAACUUUCCAAAGCCAGAAUUGCAGUUCAAUGAGUCGACUGACCUCUGCAGUUAAUCCUAAAAACGGCCCCUGUCUUCCUUGCCAUCAGUCCUCUGACAGUUCUCAAUGUGAUCCUACUCAGCUGAACAGCAAGUCUUAUCAGCAGCCUACAGCGAAUACUCAACUAGAUGCUCACGAGUCUAGUGAGCCAGUAACUGAUCUACACACUACCCAAGACGAAAAUGCUCUCUUUCAAGACCAAGCCAUAGGAGACCCUACGGUUUCUUCUACAGUAAAUAGUCCUGUUUCGAAUCAGCAUGAAGAAUCUCCCACUAUUAACGAGAAAACUGACAUGACAGAAAAGGCUGUUGAUGCAAGAAAAGCCAGUGAUGUACCAAAUGUCCUGUUGAAACCUCCAAAGCGAAUGUUUUCCAGGAAAGGGAAAUGCUUGUCCAACCUCUUUCGAAAGACCCCUCGCGGUUUUCCACAUGUCUCAAUUGAUUUUGAAAUAUAUUGCUUUUUGUGCGGCAGAAUGGCGGCAGGGAACAACGUGUAUGAGCACAUGUUUUUCGGGAACUUGAAAUGCAUAGAGUGUGGCCAAAUAGUUAGGUCAUGCGAAGACUUUAAAAUUGUCAGACACAGCAGUGUGGAGUGUGGUGGCAGUAAACGAAAGCACAGACUUGCCUAUUGGGCCGAUUGUCCUGUGGAAUUCUUAGAGUACAGUGUGAAACAAUCCUUAAUAUCCAGUAGAACAGAGGAAUGUAGCCCUCCGUCAACUUCUGACGUUACAACUGAAUUUAGGAAGUACAUUAAGAAGCUAUCACUACUUCGAUUUUACAAGCCAUGGAGAUCUGCCUUCAGGAGAUGCUCCAAAUAUGUAAAAAAUAUGAAUAGGACAGAGAUAGACAGUGUUCUCCCAGAAAAUACACAGGAAGUAAUUAAUAAGGGAGAGGUGGCCAGUGUAAUUCCAGGGGAUACAGAGGAGGAAAUCAAUAAGGAAGAUGUUAACAACGUUAUCCCAGGAGAUACAGAGGAAGAAAUUAAGGAAGAGUUUAACAGUGUUAUUCAAGGGAAUGCACAGGAAAAAAAUAAUAUGGAAGAUGUUAGACGUGUUUUCCCAGGAGAGACACAGGCAGAAAUAGAUAGAGAAGAGGAGGAAGUUCAAAAGGACACACAAGAGGAAAUUAGUAGGCAAGAAAUAAACAGGGGCACGGGUAGAACCACGUUUUAUGACCUUAUCAGUAGUAAGAGUGAAAGACAAGAGGAACCACAAAUUGAAGGAAUAAGCCUUUAUGAAGCACUGGAACAUUAUCGGGAAGAUUCUCAGCCAUCAGCCAAAGACACAGUAAUUGUUCAUCCAUCAACAAGCGACGGAGAAAUUAAUCAAGAAUCGCGAGAGAGUAUUUUCAGUCUCCCAACGUUCGAAAACAAUUUGCAUGACAAUGGUAAUGAUAUUAACGACAACGAUACCAUAAGAAUCUCCAAUGAACAAUUUGAAGAUGAUGGUGAUAACGCUGGUACUUACACUCAGGAUCCAGUAACAGUUACACUGCAACUACCCACUUUAUGGAAACCUGAUGGUGACGACACCCACGCAAGCAUGGUUGAGGGAACUGAAACAUAUGUAGGUUUUCAGGAUGAAUUCUCCAACCGCAUUGCAGAAAAUCAAGCAUAUGGAAGAAGCUUUAAACUUUCAGAAAGACUUUCGACAAAAUCCCCAAAGCCAGAGGAUAACCAAGUGGUGUAUUACUAUCCCAGUGAAACUCCCCCUGAAGAGUGUCCUAUGUGUUACUAUGGUCUUUGUGCCACAAUGUUUACUCUGAACACGACCAACUUCAGAGUGUCCACCGAAUGCCCUGACUGCAGUUUGAAAAUUUGCAUUGUACUCAAAGAUGCUGCGAGAAGUUUAAAAAAAAAAAAGCCAAAGAGGUUUAAUAGCAGUCUGUGAUUUUUUUCCAAAUAUUGUUAUAGACUAAGGGUUUCAUAAAAACACAUCUGUGAUAAGUUUGUAAUAUCAAGAUAUAGCAUGAAUUUUGGAUUAUAACAUUUAGAAGAGGCUACUAAUUUCCUCUUUUCUUUGUAAUAGAUAGCAUGAUUAUGUGAUAAGUUUGUAAUAUCAAGAUACAAGAUAAAUUUUGGAUUAUAUUAUUUAGAAGAGGCUACUAAUUUCCUCUUUUCUUUGUGGUAAAUAACAUGAUAAUAAGUAAAAGGUUAAGAACGUUAAAA